AUGGCUACAACCUCGCAGAUCUCCCCGAAAGAGGUUAAUCUAAAGGAGUUCCUCCAGCCCUUCCGCGUCAAACUCGAGACUUUGUAUGAUUUAUCCUGUCGGCUAUCGUCGUCUUAUAAAAAGUUGGCCGCGGAGUCUUCAGAAUACUUUAUUCCAUCGGCCCUUACCCGUCUUCCAACGGGCCAUGAAACAGGACGCUAUCUUGCUGUCUAUUUUGGUCUGUCCUACCUUCGUGUGGCCUUCAUCGACCUCUUAGGAGAUCAACAUGUCGAAGGACAUGCACGCGUACGACGCACAUUAGAGAAGGCAUGGCCUAUUGAAGAACAUCUACGAAAGGACCAUUCUACUGACCUCUUCACAUGGAUUGGAGACUGUAUCGCCGAGGUGGUGGCAGACAGACUGGCCAACCCAAGUGAAGAGCGGAUUGACCAAAUAACGACAGGCAUUUCCUUUUGUCUUCCUAUAAAACAAGAUGCCCUCGAUGAAGCCAUCUUGAUGCCGACAGGGAAAGGCUUUUGGCUAAACUCAGACCUCAAUCUCCGCCAAGCCUUGUUGAAUGGAUAUGAACGCCACACAUAUUCAACUCAUGGCGAUGAAAUGAACAUGCCUGCUAAACGCCGCAGGCUGUUUUCUCUUCCUAAAUUGAAAGUCGCAGUCAUGAUCAAUGAUACGACAGCGACUCUUGCUUCGUUGGCGUAUUCCAUCCCUUCCUUGCCUAACACCCGUGUUGUUAUGGGUCUGGUCGUGGGCGCGGGAUGCAACACGACCGUUCCCAUGAAACUUGCCGACUUGCAUGAAUCCAAAACUAAAAGCAUCCUUGAAAAACACCCCGACGCUACGGAAACGCUCAUCUCAACUGAAUGGACUCUCUCCACUGCGGCGGCUUCUUUCGAUGAGCUUGGUAUUCGAACGAAAUGGGACCUUGAGCUCGAUAGAAAUUGCAAAAGACCUGGUUUCCAACCAAUGGAAUAUAUGAUCGGCGGUUUAUACACUGGCGAGCUCGUCCGCAUCGUCUGUUAUGAUUGGUUCCAUGGAGUUUUGGGAAUACAGCGCUCUAAGUUACCGCUGAAGUUGGUUGAGGAAUAUUCUCUUUCAACAGAAUACCUCUCCAUUGUUGUUGCCUCUUCUCUGUCCGAUGAGCGCUUAGCAAGCGAGUUGUCAAAGACACUUCAACCAUCUCCUGAGAGUGAUUGGACCUGGUCACCUGAAUAUGCCCGUGAUAUUCGGGCCAUUGCCUCGGCUGUGCAAGAUCGUGCGGCUUCUUUGGUGGCAUCUGCGGUUGUUGGUCUCUUAGCCUGCAAUAAUGAAGUCCAAUUGUGCAACACGGCCCCCAAGUGCGUCAAUGGGGAAAAUGUCGAUACGGAAGCUGGAAUUAUUGAACAAACGGACUCCGAGUCGGCCUCAUCGUCAACGUCAGGUUGGAAUAGCGGGCCCGAGGAACUUGCCGUGGCUUUCUCGGGUGGAGUGAUUCAACAUUAUCCUCACUAUAAAGAAAAUGUACAGAGAUAUAUUGAUCGACUGCUACUGCGAGCUGGUCCUCAAGUAGGAGGAAAGAGUGUCUUCUUGCGGGAGGCCAGUGAUGGCGGGAUCAUUGGAACUGGUGUCCUUGCAGGAACGGCGUCAGGGGAAAUUGGGGAAAUCAAGAUUACUCCUGGUUAG